AUACCUUAAUUUCUUCAACCAGCCCCCUACUGUCCUCACAGAGCUCCCAGCCUGGGGGGGGAGGUGAGAAAAGAGAGUGUGACAUGCCCGGAGUCCUCGGUGAAGCGCCUGCCCAGCAUCCAUGAGCUCAGGCUUGGAAUGUGCUGCCAACUCCCUGGAUGGUGUCCCCAAGCUGCUGCCCCUGCCAGCAACCCACCACCACCACUCUGGAUUAAUCCAGACCCCACAGAGAGGCACCCUGAGCCCAACGGUGGAUCUGCAGCCCAAUUUCCCCAACCCAUGUGUUCCCUAAGAUGCAAAAAUGCCAGGAAAACAGGUCCUGGGAGGAGUCUGACAAGUCUCACCUGGAGAGAGAGGAGUUUGGAGGGAGAAUGGGGUGGGGUUGGGGGGUGAGGCAUGCAGGAUGGGAGCAGAGAAGGGCUGGGAUGGAGGUGGGGGUGGGAUCUCUACAGGCUACAGCCCCAUGAGGGCACAUCUCUCUGGGCCACUCUUGGAGCUGCUCCCUGGGAAAGGCUGAGAACCUUCUGAGGUACUUAGGAACUGAGUGGGAGCAAGGACUGCACACCCUGCAGGAGCUGCUUAUGAGCCAGGACCAGGGAAGGGGGACUUUGUGUCUGCAGCUGGGGACAGGGGACAGAGGAGCUGGCAAGCUUAGUGGACUCCCAUGUUCUCUUUCAGUCCAGGGUCCGAAUUCUCUGGAUUGGCAACCCUCCUCUGACCUGUUCCCUGUCUCUAAGCAGUAUCACUCAGGUCUAACAAUCUGGAAAAGUCUACACCGGCCUCCAAAAGAACUCAGAAUCCUUUUAGAAAAUAGUCUUUCUAUAGGUCCCACCACAAAGCCCCACUCAACCCCUCCUUGUCCAGAAAGGCAGCCUGAAAGCUUGCAGCACUUGGGGAAUAGUGGCAAGAACAGUGAUCUUGGAGUUAGAAGCUCAGGUUCUAGUCCCAGACCUGCUGGUAUUGAUCUUGUCUGAGUCCCUUUCUCUGGCCCUCAGUUCCCCAUUGUGUAAAAUGAAGAGAAUGCCCAUCCUGUGCUGCUGCUACUGCUGCUGCCCCUUAAGGAUCCAAUGGCGAGACCUUAACAUGCUCACCAGCCCUGCCCCAGGGCCAGUCCAGGCUCUCACAUGGCCCAUGCCCCCGCCAACUUUGUGUGUGAUCCUUUAGUUCCUCAAAUCUGCCCAGCUCCUUUCCUUACCCUUCCGGGGUAUUCAUCGACAUUUCCUCAACCCGGCCUCCCCUGCCUCUUCUCCUAGUCGAUCACAAUUUAAUUCAUUUUAAAUGUCACUUCCUUUUGGAGGCUUCUGGCUGGGUACCCUUGUAUUUCUUCACAGCAUCACAGCUAUAACGCAAAUCUUUACGUAAGUAUUUGGUUCUAGGUCUCCCCCAGAGAGGGGUUGGCAGUGCCUGGUACCAAAUAAACUCCAAAUAAAUAUUUUUUGGAUGGAUGAAAGGGAUUUGCGUGUGAAAGCGCGUUGUACCAGACGGCGCUUGUGAAGGUAUAGCAGGUCACAUGCGGCCCUAGACUUCUGAUGUUACUGGGGUCAUGCGCUCCCGCACCACGUGCAGCCAGAGCACACCCUUAUGCCUCAUCUGAGACCCGGAAGCCAGUCUCAGGGCUCUCUGCGGGUACUUAAACCUUCAGGUCCACGUGACCUGAAGCCCGCAGCUGAUUGGACCCGGGCCGUCCCGCCCCGCCCCCGAGUCCCGAGUCGGUUUCCGGCAGGGCAGCUGCCGGGCUCAGGCCGCUGGACCAUGGAAGCAGUAGCUCUGGGGUUCCUGCUCCUGGCCUUGGCGGGGAGCUCUGCCGGAGACGAGGCCCGGGAAGCGGAGGCCGUGCGGGCCCUGCUGACCCGGCUUCUGGGGCCCGGGCCAGCGGCCGCCUUCUCGGUGUCGGUAGAGCGCUCCCUGGCGGCCGAGUCUGGCCUGGACACCUACCGCUUGAGCGGCGGGGGCGCUGGGGCGCAGGUGCGGGUGCUCGGCUCCACCGGCGUGGCCGCUGCCGCAGGACUGCACCGCUACCUGCGCGACUUCUGCGGCUGCCACGUGGCCUGGUCCGGCUCUCAGCUGCGCCUGCCGCAGCCGCUGCCCGCCCUGCCGGACGAGCUGACCGAGGCCACGCCCAACAGGUACCGCUAUUACCAGAAUGUUUGCACGCAAAGCUACUCCUUCGUGUGGUGGGACUGGGCCCGCUGGGAGCAGGAGAUCGACUGGAUGGCGCUGAAUGGGAUCAACCUGGCACUGGCCUGGAGCGGUCAGGAGGCCAUCUGGCAGAGGGUGUACCUGACCUUGGGCCUGACCCAAUCAGAGGUCGAUGAGUACUUCACUGGUCCUGCCUUCCUGGCCUGGGAGCGCAUGGGCAACCUGCACACCUGGGGUGGCCCCUUGCCACGUUCCUGGCACCUCAAGCAGCUUUACCUGCAGCAUCGGAUCCUGGACCGGAUGCGCUCCUUUGGCAUGGUCCCCGUGUUGCCUGCAUUCGCAGGGCAUGUCCCCAAGGCUAUCACCAGGGUGUGUCCUCAGGUCAAUGUCACCCAACUGGGCAGUUGGGGACACUUCAACUGCUCCUACUCGUGCUCCUUCCUCCUGGCUCCAGAUGACCCCUUAUUCCCUAUCGUGGGGAGCCUCUUCCUGCGGGAGCUGACCAAAGAGUUCGGCACAGAUCACAUAUAUGGGGCUGACACGUUCAACGAGAUGCAGCCCCCAUCCUCAGAGCCCUCCUACCUCGCCGCAGCCACUGCUGCCGUCUACCAGGCCAUGAUCACAGUGGACCCUGAUGCCACGUGGCUGCUCCAAGGCUGGCUCUUCCAGCACCAGCCCCAGUUCUGGGGGCCUGACCAGGUGAGGGCUGUGCUUGGGGCAGUACCCCGUGGCCGCCUCCUGGUCCUGGACCUGUUUGCAGAGAGCCAGCCCGUGUACAGCCGCACAGCCUCCUUCCAGGGCCAGCCCUUCAUCUGGUGCAUGCUGCAUAACUUCGGGGGAAACCAUGGCCUGUUCGGGGCCCUGGAGGCCGUGAACCGAGGCCCCUUGGCUGCCCGUCUCUUCCCCAACUCCACCAUGGUAGGCACGGGCAUGGCACCGGAAGGCAUUGGCCAGAACGAAGUGGUCUAUGCCCUCAUGGCUGAGCUGGGCUGGCGGAAGGACCCAGUGACAGAUUUGGGGGCCUGGGUGACCAGCUUUGCGGCCCGGCGGUAUGGGGUGUCCCACGGGGAUGCAGAGGCAGCAUGGAGGCUACUUCUCAGGAGUGUCUACAACUGUUCUGGUGAGGCCUGCAGAGGCCACAAUCGCAGCCCGCUGGUCAGGCGGCCAUCCCUACAGAUGGUUACCACUGUCUGGUACAACCGAUCAGAUGUGUUUGAGGCCUGGCGACUGCUGCUAACAGCCACCCCCACCCUGGCCACCAGCCCAGCCUUCCGCUAUGACCUGGUGGACAUCACUCGCCAGGCGAUCCAGGAGCUGGUCAGCUUGUACUAUGAGGAGGUGAGGACCGCCUACCUGAACAAGGAGCUGGUUCCCCUGUUGAGGGCAGCAGGCAUCCUGGCCUACGAGCUUCUGCCCUCACUCAACAACAUACUAGCUAGUGAUAGCCGCUUCCUGCUGGGCAGCUGGCUGGAGCAGGCCCGGGCGGCAGCGGUCAGUGAGGCCGAGGCCCAUUUCUAUGAACAGAACAGCCUCUACCAGCUGACCCUUUGGGGGCCAGAUGGCAACAUUCUCGACUAUGCCAACAAGCAGCUGGCAGGACUGGUGGCCAACUACUACACCCCCCGCUGGCAGCUCUUCAUGGAGAUGCUGGUUGAGAGUCUGGUUCAAGGCACCCCCUUCCAACAGCACCAGUUUGACAACAAUGCUUUCCAGCUGGAGCAGACCUUUGUCCUCAGCACACGGAGGUAUCCUAACCAGCCCCAAGGCGACACUGUGGACUUAGCCAAGAAACUCUUCCUCAAAUAUUACCCCCGGUGGAUGGCUGGCUCCUUGUGACAAAUUACCCACCGCUGGGCCAUGUUCUCCCCAACUCCAGGCCUGGGCUGGUUCCCGGGGUCUGGAGCUGGGCCAGCAUCACUGGAGGUCCUCAGAUCUGGGCGAAGGAAUUCAAGACCUGCUGGUACAAUCGAGUAGGAAAUUUGGAGGGAAGUGAGCUGCCCUCUACCACUCCAACUUUGGGAUCAAAGUACUGUUUUAAUACAACUUAAUAAACUAAUGAA